AUGGCUACAGUCGAGAAGCCGAGCGCUCAUGAGGCGGAGCACAUUUCCGAUACCUCAAUUGACCACGCCGUGGCUUACGAGGAGGGCAAGGAGACAGGCCUAAGCGAUGCUCACCUCUGUUCCGACGCAGACAACAAACGCAUUCUCCGCAAGACGGACAUUUGGAUGUUAUCGCUUCUUUGCAUGGUUUACUUCCUGCAAUCGGCUGACAAGGGAAUCAUCGGAUUAACAGCUGUUUAUGGUCUCAAAGAAGACGCGCAUCUUAGUGGCAACGACUACUCAAACAUCGGCAACAUUGGAUACUACGCGCAACUCGGUGUGCAACCCUUGGCGGCAUGGAUACUUGUCAAGCUUCGAUACCGCCACGUCCUACCCGUCAUCAUUACCUGCUGGGGUAUCUCAGUUGCCGGCGGUCUUGGUGGUUCCAGGAACUACGCCGGGUUGCUCGCAUCGCGUUUCUUCCUCGGUGCAUUUGAGGCUGCAGUCAUUCCGCUGUUCUCGAUGAUCACCAUUGCGUUUUACAGGCGUUCCGAGCAGCCAUUCCGCGUAGCUUGCUGGUACAGCUGCUAUGGUCUUAGCACUCUGAUUAGUGCACCCAUCGUCUAUGGCUUCGGUCGCAUCCACUCAUCUACGCUUUACCGGUAUCAGAUCGUCUACCUUUUCUUCGGACUCCUGACCAUCGCUAUCGGCCUCAUCACAUACUGGUGGGCCCACGACAGUCCUGGAGAGGCUCGAUUCUUGUCGCCAGAGGAUCGCCUGAAGGCCGUCGACCGAUUGAAGGCCAAUCAACAGGGUAUCGUCUCGCACAAGUUCAACUGGAAGCACGUCAUUGAGGCUGUUACUGAACUCAAGUACUGGCUGUACAUGAUUAUGGUUAUUGCCGUCAACGCGGGCGCUUCAGUCUCCUCGGUCUUUGGUUCCAUCAUCCUCAAGAACCUGGCCGGGUUCAAUGCGGAUGAAGCCGUUCUACUGAAUAUGCCCUUUGGAGCACUUCAGUUUGUGUCCAUCCUUGCUGCGUCAUAUCUGGCAUACCGAUUCAAGCGCAAGUCCCCCUUCUUGCUCGGCCUUGUCACCAUCGUCAUUGUCGGUGUCGCUUUGCUGGUGGCGCUUCCGAAAACCCCCUCCAACAAGGGCGGUCUACUUGCAGGCUACUACUUGAUCGCCUUCGUAUAUGCAAUUAACCCUCUUCUCAUCUCCUGGAUGGGUGCCAACUGUGCCGGACAGACCAAGAAGGCUAUCUACUAUACCUCAUUCAACGCUGGCAACUCUAUUGGCAACAUCAUCACCCCUUACAUCUUCGAUGCGAAGUUCGCGCCGCAAUACGUCAAUGCUCUCAAGGGUAUCUUGGCAAUCUGGUGCAUUCUUUGGGGUGUCGUCAUCGCUCAAAUUGUCCUGAUUACCUGGAUGCAGAAGAAGAAGUGCGAUCAGCGUGAAGCAGCCGGUCUUCCUAGAGAUCCUAUCGACUAUUCGAUGAGCGGUCAUUUCCACGAGGCUGGUGCCGAAGUUCAUGGCGAGAAUGGUCUGCAGGAUAUGACUGACAAGGAGAACAUCUACUUCCAGUAUUUGCUGUAG